GCGAUGUCUUGCUUGCAGCUUGUCUCCAGCCUCUGUUGCUGCCGCCCACUCCCUGGUCAGAACUCGAAUCCAGUCCUCAUAAUUUUUGUCCUUCCUUUUACACACCCUCCUUCAGGUCGCCUCAAAAGAUCCCAUCUCCGUAUCGGCUCCACUGGCUUUGGACUGCACUAUCUAUUCCGGUAUCUCUGACGGAUUUCAUCCUCGACCAUCAUGUUCUCGUUCGCGGCUGCGGCUCUCCUCGUCUUCGUGGCCUGUCUAACAACGGCUUCAGCGAGUAUCUACGUCAACAACCCUACAUCGACCGCAGUAUGCUACGGCGGGCAGCCAUGCACUGUGACGUGGUUGGACGACGGUCAGACACCGCUGUUGAGCGAGAUUGGGGCAUGUUAUGUGGGAUUGUACAACGGCAACAGGGACCUCAUUCAGCAAAUAGACCCCGUGAAUGUCGCUAGCCAGCACUCGUUCACGUUCACACCUGAUGCCACUGCUGGGCCUGACUCUAGCAGCUACUAUGUCAACUUCACGUCAGUAGAGCUCAUGGUCAAUUCCACAUCACACUAUGCCCAAUACUCGGCAGACUUCACCCUCGCGAACAUGAGUGGAGACCUCGCAUCGCCCGUUGCAAGCGAUACCGCUGCCAUCGCGGUGCCCUCGAGCAUCCUCAGCCUGUCAUCCAAUCCUAUCGGGUCGACAUCGACGAUCACAUACUCGUAUACUGGGUCGUACAGCAGCCUCGCUGUGCCCUCAAUAUCCACGAGCACCGGAGCAACCUCGCGACUGUCCACUUCGCGUACGCCGAGCUCGACGUCCGCAUCAUCAUCCUCAAGCGCAACCUCCGCGUCGUCCGCAGCAUCAUUGCGACACGUACCCUCCUGCGGCGUCUCCGCAGCGUUUGCGCUUGCGGCGAGCGUGCUUCUCUCCGUUAUCUAUAUCUAGCACGGGCGUGCUGGGGUUUUGUUUUGUCCCUUGGCGGCUCCACGCGACACACCCUGCUAUGCUGCGCUCCCGUUCCCUUUGCUCCGUCGGCCGACCUACGGGUCCUCACUCUGUACGCGCACCCCGCCUCCCACCCACCUCCCGACCAUCAUCGCUAUCGCCGACCCCAAACGUCGGCACAGACUUUUUGCAUUACCUCGGACACCUCGAUUCGCAGCAAUCGCACUUUGUAUUCGGUAGAAUAGUACAUAGAUGCCCCGCGCUGCGGGCAGCGAUACCUUCUUCUGCACAUACCCCGGUCUGAAGCUAUGAUAUGCCCAUAUGCGAUCUGACCU